AUGGGGUCCUUCCUCCAUGCAUGCGAAGGUGAUAUCGUCUGCGAAUCGAACAACGCAAAAAUCCCCUACUUCAACGCCCCAAUCUACCUAGAAAACAAAACCUCAAUUGGGAAGGUGGACGAGAUUCUAGGGCCUAUCAACCAAGUCUAUUUCACGAUCAAACCGCAAGAAGGCAUACAAGCGACCUCUUUCAAGAGCGGAGACAAGUUCUACAUCGGAGGCGAUAAGCUAUUACCCCUAGAGAAAUUCCUACCAAAGCCGAUACCUCCACCCGGAGCCGCGAGAGUAAAGAAACCUGGUGGUGCCGGACGAGGCGGUGCGCGAGGCAGAGCAGCUCCUCGUGGACGUGGAUUUGGCAGGGGUGCACCAAGAGGUCGAGGCGGGUUUGGAGACCGUGGCAGAGGUCGAGGAGCUGGCGGAUCGUUUUCGGGUGGAAGGGGAGGAUCAAGGGGUGGCUUCAGCUCCAGAGGAAGUGGCUUUAGAGGGAGAGGCUGA